AUGGGGCUCUGCUUGCCUUGCAUGGGGGGAGCUGCUGGUGAUGUAGUGGAGACGCUGGACCCCGAAAUUAAAAGGAGACAACUUGCCGAAGCUGCAGAAAAAAGGCAGAUGGAGGCCUCAUCUCGUGGUAUUAAGAAUCCAUCUUCUGUUGAACAAAAGAAAAGGAGACAGGAGGAAAUGGAAAAACAUCUUGAUUCAGCAGGGCCUGGACCAGAAGGAGGCGGGCUUAGAUGGCAAGUUGGAUAACUCUGGUGCAGCUCCGGAUGGGAAGGACAGGAUGAAUGUUCUACUGCCAAUAACUUGCCAGUUCCUGCAGCUGAAUGACAC